AUGAAUUCAAGUGCAGGAUGCACAACAUCCCUCAGCCAUGUCAGCAUGACCACUCCCACAUCUUUGAAAUAAGGCACGCACGCAAAACACACACACAGUAAGAGGGACGGAAACUGUGCAGAUGUUAUGUGGAACACUGGGACAUGUUCUCGUAGAAGCUUCAGGAUGAGGAAAACCACUGUUUUGCUUUUUCUUCUGGCUCUAUGGGCUGAGAGUUCGCACGAACUGAGAAGCCAUGAGGAGACCAACACAGAGACAAGUGAACGAGUGCUCACUCGAUCCAAGAGGAGAUGGGUGCUGAAUACUGUUGAACUGGAGGAGGAAUGUACUGGACCUUUUCCUAAAAAAAUUACAGAGGUGCACAACGAUAAACACUUGAAUCACAGCCUCAAAUUCAGAAUCAGUGGCCAGGGUGUGACAGAAAAGCCAAAGGGUGUGUUCACUAUCAAUGAGAACACUGGCGAAAUCUACACACACAAGCCCAUAGACCGAGAAACCUACCCCAUUUUCCAUGUGAAUUUUGAUGUGGUGGAUCGACAAACUGGUGAAAUUCUUGACAAAACUUUGGCUUUGAACUUGAUCAUAAGGGAUAAGAACGAUAAUCCACCUGUAUUCAAACCUGAGAUUUUAAACAUAGACAUUCCAGAGAACACAAAAGAAGGUCAGCUUCCUGUUUCUCUGCAAGCAAGAGACAUUGACGAGCAGGACACUGACAAUUCUCGCAUCUCGAUGAGGAUAGUGUCUCAGGAGCCAGCGCUGCCAAAAAUCUCUCUGGCUUCCAUGGCGGAUAUAAAAGACAGCAUGAUCACAAAUCUCGUCUUCACCGGCUGCUUUGAUUACGAUAAAGUAAAGACAUAUAAAAUGCUGGUCGAAGCAUGCGAUCAUGGAACCCCAUCUCUCUCAUCCACUAUGACUGUAAAUAUUGCCAUCACUGACUCCAACACUCACUCACCUGUGUUCACUGCUCCAAAGUUCAAUGCUCAGGUUAUGGAACUGGAAACCAAUAAGGAGAUUUUAAGAAUUCCUGUGCAAGACCAGGACACUCCCAACACAACAGCAUCCAGAGCAGUGUUCACUAUCCUGAAGGGUAAUGAAGAGGGCAACUACAAGAUUGAGACAGAUCCAGUAACCAACGAAGGAGUGCUGACUGUCAUCAAGGGAAAGGAUUACGAGAGAACUACUCUAGCUGAGCUGGAAAUAGGAGUGGAGAAUGAGCAGCCCUUAUUUUUAUGCGUCGACGGAAAGCCAGUUAGUCCUGUACCGAAGACUUUAAAAAGUAACAACACGGUUAAAGUCACCGUCAAAGUCAUAGAUGUGAAUGACCCACCCGUGUUUCAGAAUAAAAUUCAGAAGGUUUACAGGGUUGAGGAAGAAGAGCCAGGAGAAGUGUUGUACACACCCACAGUAACAGAUGAGGAUUCAGACCCAGCUAAACUGAGGUACGAGCUAGUAGAAGAUCCAGCUAAAUGGAUGUCCAUAGACCCACAGACAGGCAAGAUUUCCCUGGUAAAGAAGAUGGACCGCGAGUCUCCAUAUGUCCAAAACAGCACCUACACCGUCUUGAUGCGAGCAAUCGAUGAUGGGGAACCUCCUGCCACAGGUACAGGCACUCUGGUGGUCCAUCUGGGAGAUAAGAACGAUAAUACACCUUAUUUAAUCUCCAACACAUCAGUGAUGUGUGGGAACAAAGCAGACAGAGUGAGAGUCACAGCACAGGAUAAGGAUGCUUUUCCAUUUAGUGGACCCUUCACCUUCGCGCUUGACAAAAUUGAUCCGGAGCUGAAGAGCCUGUGGAAGCUUGAGAAGAGUGAGUUAGGUUCUGAAAUCUUAUUGAUUAGUCAGGAGAGUCUGCCUUAUGGGAAUUAUUCAGUUCCCCUGAAGAUUGCUGACCAACAGGGGAUGCUAGCACAUACUGUCUUGCAAGUGGUGAUAUGUGACUGUGGGAAAGGAGAUGUAUGUCAGGACCUGCUUCCUCGAUCCUCCAACCUCGACAGAGCAGCUAUAGGAAUUCUACUGGGAGCACUGCUCUUGAUGGCUUUGCUGCUCUGCUGUGUUUUUUUGUGCAAGUGUCAAGAGAAAAAUAAUUUCAAGCAAUGCUUGCAAGAAGAUAGUAUACAAACCUUGAUCAAAUACAACGAGGAAGGAGGAGGUUCAAUCUGCAAGUCCACAAUUGGCCAUUAUUGUGACUUGAUGACUGAACGUACACAGUUUGUACCACAGUUCCAACAGAGCACCACCAAACAAUUUGGUGGCCUGAACCCAGGAGCAAUUCAGAACACAAUUGCAGUCCCUUUACAUGGUUUAAUGCGGUCCCCUGUACAGCUCACACAGAUCCUUAAUGGAGUUAAUGAUGCAACUGACUCAAGGAACAUCUAUGCAAAGUCAGCAACCUGGAGUAGAAACAGGAUUAGAACAUAUAACGCUACUAGGCGCGGAUUCACCAAAUCAGUCAACUUACUGUCCGUUUUGAACAUGGAAGAGCACCUUGAAAGGAAGCUCCAUAAACUUUCAGUGGAGCAGCAGGACUUCCCUGAAUAUCACCCACAUGACUACAGCUCUGAAGGAACCAAUACCAGCUCCGUGUCACUGGACAAGCUCUCGUUCCAGAGCAUAGGAGAUGAUCUGGGCUUUCUGCAGAAUUUGGGGUCAAAGUUUUACACUCUGGAUGAGAUAUUUCAGCAAAGAAUAAAAGAGAAGGACAUGAAGUUGUGAAAAUAUAUAUAUUAUUUACUUUACUAAUGGAUCUCUCACCUUGUUGAGUAGUCGUCCUUACCAUCUGUUUUUUUUUGUUGUUUUUUUAUAGAUAAUUUAAAAUAUAAUAUAAUUUAAUUAUAUCUUAAGCUUAAGCAGUUGGGCAACAACAACAGUCCAUGUACAUUACUUACUUUGAAACGCAGUACUAUUCUUGGACAGGACCUAUUUUGCUCUGAGAACAGCUUCAGUUUUUUAUGGCAUGGAUUCGACAAGACUUUGGAACCAUUCCUUGGAGAUUCUGGUCAAUGUUGACAUGAUUGCAUCAGAGAAUUGCUGCUGAUUUGUUAGCUGCACAUUCAUGCAGUGAAUUUCCCAUUCUAUGACACUUCAAAGAUGCUCUAUUUGGGUCUGCUGCAUGGGGAGGCCAUGGAAAUACACUGAACUCUUUCUCAGGUUCAUGGCACCAUUUAUCUGGAACUGGCAUAUUAUCAUUCUGGAAACCAUUUUAAGAUAAAUUGUUCACAUAAUUUUAAUUCAGUUCACUUUGAUUUACAGUAUAUAGCAUUUUUUUUAACAAUGGCCAUUGUGUUACGACCCACGAUGUGUGAGUAUGUUUCGUGUUUUCCGUGUGUGUGUAUCCAAUCUGUCCAGGUCGGUCUAUUCCAGACUCCAGUCUGGGCCUUCCUGCUCUGCUUCAGCUGCAUUUAUGUAUUUUCUAAACGAUGAUGUCAUCAUUGGACGCCAGUAUUUCACUUUUGUCAAUGCUCACCUGGCUGUGUUUGUGUGUUUUGUUUGCCUUUAUCAGCUCUGGGAUUUUACGGUGAAUUUGGGAACCAGUGCAGUGUCGAUAAGAUAAGGGUGAUAUGGACGGUCACAUUUUCUGCUUCUAGUAAGGAUUCUGGCUGCUGCAUUCUGGACUAACUGGAGCUUGUUAAUGCACCUACUGGAACAUCCAGACAGACAGGCAUUAAAUUAAUCCAACCUAGAGGUAACAAAGGCAUGAAAAAGGCACGAUCUUUCAUUUCACUGCUUUGCGGACAAUACUCAAAUUUAUCUACUAUUGAAAUUAAAUGAUACUAAUGCUUUACAACCCCUGUUGGCUUGUUUAAAUGAUUUAAAAUCAUGGAUGCAACAAAAUCUUCAGAAUUUUAAUGAAACUAAACUAGAGAUGAUUGUAUUUGGAUCUUCAGAUGGAUAUGAUCUCCGAAAUCUUAACGUCGGCCAGUUGACUUGCUUUUAUAAACCGCCUGUGAAAAACCUGGGUGUGAUAUUCAAGAGAUCCCUUAAGUUUGAUAAACAGAUAAACUCAGUUUUGUUUUGUUUUUUCACUUUAGACUCUUGGCAAAAGUCAAACCGUGUCUUUCAUUCAAAUAUCUUGAAAAGGUGAUACAUGCUUUUAUCUCUAUUGGCAUGAUUAUUGUAAUUCCCUUUAUGUAGGUAUUUAUCAACCUGUCUCUUAUUGGUUACAAAUGGUCCAGAAUGCUUCACUGGCUUCCAAUCCAGCUUUUAUAUCUCUAAAAGGAUUGGCACCAGCCUAUUUAUUUAUUCUUUUAUCUAUGAACAGUCCAUCAAGGUCCUUGAGAUCUUUAGAACAAAGGUUGCUGACUGUUCCUAGGGCAAGACUAAUAUUAAGAGGCGCUCGUGCUUUUACAGCCAUUUUUUUCAGCCCCGAAAUUCAUCAGAAAUGCUUCAACGUUAUAUGAUAUUAAGUCUAAGUGUCAUAAAUCAAGGAGGUAACUCUGGACUUCAGUUGCCAUCAGCCAUUGCACUGUACUACAUGUCACAUGACCACCUGCACCUGAAUCACGUUUCUGUUAAUGAGCACACUUAUAUAUAGCCAUGGUUUGCACGGCUUCUCUGUCUUUCGUUUGUCCUAGAUUACUGUGUUUUGUUUCUUGCCACAGUAUUUUGCCAAGUUGUCUUAGUUUGUUUUGUUUAUCUUGAAGCGUGACACUAAGUACAAAAUGUAUUUGUUCUCUCAGCCUUUUAAUGUACCAUAGAGAGUAAUUUGAUUUCAGGUUAUCGUAUUUUUGAAUUGUGUGUUUGAUCUUUGGUCAACUCGAUGUUGUUUUAAAUUGUGCUAUGUAAUUAAAUUGACACUUUCAUUGA